CGGGCCCCGCUGCCAUCUCGCCUAAAUAAAAACGCGCUACCUAUCGAUCGAUCGAUUCCUCCCUCCUCCCACGCGCACACACGCAGUCAAAUGCUCCUCCACCACCUCCUCCUCUCCUGCUCGGUUCUCACUAGCUGAGCUGAGCUGAGCUGUGAAAGAGUGGUACAGAGUGAGCGAGGCGAGCUGCGCUGAGCUGAGCUCGGAGAUAGAGUGAGGAGGAGGAAGAGGGAGUGGGGGGAAGAUGAUUACGGCGGCGGACUUCUACCACGUUAUGACGGCGAUGGUGCCGUUGUACGUGGCGAUGAUACUGGCGUAUGGGUCGGUGAAGUGGUGGCGCAUCUUCACGCCGGACCAGUGCUCCGGGAUCAACCGCUUCGUGGCGCUGUUCGCGGUGCCGCUGCUGUCGUUCCACUUCAUCUCCACCAACAACCCGUACACGAUGAACCUCCGGUUCAUCGCCGCCGAUACGCUGCAGAAGCUGAUGGUGCUGGCCAUGCUCACGGCGUGGAGCCACCUCAGCCGCCGGGGGAGCCUCGAGUGGACCAUCACGCUCUUCUCGCUCUCCACGCUGCCCAACACGCUCGUCAUGGGGAUCCCGUUGCUCAAGGGCAUGUACGGGGAGUUCUCCGGCAGCCUCAUGGUGCAGAUCGUCGUGCUGCAGUGCAUCAUCUGGUACACGCUCAUGCUCUUCAUGUUCGAGUACCGCGGCGCGCGGAUGCUCAUCACCGAGCAGUUCCCGGACACCGCCGCCAACAUCGCCUCCAUCGUCGUCGACCCGGACGUCGUCUCGCUCGACGGCCGGAGGGACGCCAUCGAGACGGAGACGGAGGUGAAGGAGGACGGCAGGAUACACGUCACCGUGCGCCGCUCCAACGCGUCGCGCUCGGACAUCUACUCCCGCCGCUCCAUGGGCUUCUCCAGCACCACGCCGCGGCCCAGCAACCUCACCAACGCCGAGAUCUACUCGCUGCAGUCGUCGCGGAACCCGACGCCGCGGGGCUCCAGCUUCAACCACACCGACUUCUACUCCAUGGUGGGACGCAGCUCCAACUUCGGCGCGGCCGACGCGUUCGGCGUCCGCACCGGCGCCACACCACGCCCGUCCAACUACGAGGACGACGCGUCCAAGCCCAAGUACCCGCUCCCCGCGUCGAAUGCGGCGCCCAUGGCAGGCCACUACCCGGCGCCGAACCCGGCCGUGGCGGCGGCUCCCAAGGGCGCCAAGAAGGCGGCCACGAACGGGCAGGCCAAGGGCGAGGACCUCCACAUGUUCGUCUGGAGCUCCAGCGCGUCGCCCGUGUCCGACGUCUUCGGCGGCGGCGCGCCAGACUACAACGACGCCCCGGCCGUCAAGUCACCCCGUAAAAUGGAUGGAGCGAAGGACAGGGAGGACUACGUGGAGCGGGACGAUUUCAGCUUCGGGAACAGGGGCGUCAUGGACAGGGACGCCGAGGCAGGGGACGAGAAGGCCGCGACGGCGGUCGUCGACCCCAGCAAAGCCAUGGCGGCGCCAACGGCGAUGCCGCCGACAAGCGUGAUGACGCGCCUGAUCCUGAUCAUGGUGUGGCGCAAGCUCAUCCGCAACCCCAACACCUACUCCAGCCUCAUCGGCCUCAUCUGGUCCCUCGUAUGCUUCAGGUGGAACUUCGAGAUGCCGGCCAUCGUCCUGAAAUCCAUCUCGAUCCUGUCGGACGCGGGGCUCGGCAUGGCCAUGUUCAGUCUCGGUCUGUUCAUGGCGCUGCAGCCGCACAUCAUCGCUUGCGGGAACAAGGUGGCGACGUACGCCAUGGCCGUGCGGUUCCUGGCCGGGCCGGCCGUGAUGGCGGCGGCGUCCUUCGCCGUCGGCCUCCGUGGCACGCUCCUGCACGUCGCCAUUGUCCAGGCCGCCCUGCCCCAGGGCAUUGUCCCCUUCGUCUUCGCAAAGGAGUACAGCGUGCACCCCAGCAUUCUCAGCACAGCUGUCAUCUUUGGCAUGCUCAUCGCAUUGCCGAUCACCCUCGUCUACUACAUCUUGCUCGGCCUGUAAUCGAGUGGCAUGCAUGUAAAGAUCCUGCUCCUGACACCAGCCAUGUUAAGAAGAGGGAAGGAGAAGACUAAGCUGGUACACUGUUUGCAAAGUCAGGACUCUUUGGAUUUUUCUUUUCUUUUCUUUCUUUCUUUCUGGAAGUAGUUUGGGAGGUGGGUGAAUUGGAAGGGAGUCAACUGAGUCAAGAGGAGGACAGGAUGGUAGCUAGCUUAGCUAGGACAAUGGUGAGUCAAAAGAGCACCAAAAGCAUGUACAAGUACAAAGCUUGGGGGGGACACAUGAUCAGUUCAGGUCACAGAAACGGUUCGGUUUUGGGAGGGGAUUGGGAAUUUUGGUUGGCUGCGCUGACCCUUGUAAAACGGACGCCGAUUCUGACAAGAGAUCGACCUUGUUUUGUUCA